GAGCGGGUUAAAGCGCGGAGGGCCCGAGGGGCGGUGCCUGGCCCGGAACUACCGGGGGAAGCUGCGCGGGCGGCGGCGGCCGCGGCCCGGUACGCGGCUGCGGGCAAGGAAGACCAUGUCAGGACGAACAUCAACCUCAAGUCAUGUCAGUUUUCGUAUACCAAAGAAGAAAACAAACACCAAGUCAGAGGAUGUCCAAGUUCAGUCCCCUUUGGCAAGGCUCCCAGGCUCCCACCAUUGUGACUACCCUUUAAAAGAGUGGGGAUUAAGUGCCAACAACAGAAAGCCUUCCACAAAAGGAAAAAGGCAAAAGGAUUGCAACAGACACAGCUUUAAUGACGAAGAAUCAAUUGGGCAACCCAAAGUUAUCUUGACGAACGUCCUGAGUACGAAAAUUGGAAGAAAGUACAUAGACAGCCACGUAAUAAUUGAUGCAAAUUUACCUGCUGCAGACAAAUUGCAAUUGGGUCAACUGCCCUCAUCAGCUGUUGCCAGCCUACAGACAUGUCAAAUGUUAAGUUCUCCUCAUGAAAAUUCUUUUCUUUCUGAAAGGUCUGAACUUUGCCUGAGAAAGACAGAUGAUGAACUGUGUAAAUUGACCAAGGCUUCUAAGGAACCAGAAAAAAUUAAUGCUGUCUCUUUCAGAAGACGAGAGCUGCAGAAGAAAGAAAACAAGCACUGUGGUGAACUGGAGAAGAGGAGCAGACACAUGAGCAGCACUACUCUUAGUCAAAAGGAAUCGGGCUCUUUUGAUUCUGAGAAAAGGAAAAGAAGACAUAGUGGCCAUAUUUCUGAUGAUUGUAAUGCACAGGUUCCACAAAAGUCACUUGCAUUCUCUGAAGAUAAAAGUUUGAGUUCGGCUCGGUCUCCUGGCUGCAGAAUACCCUGUGAAGAUGGACAAAACCACAGAUCUGAUCCUAUUCUGGUGUCAGAUUGCCCAGCAGAGAGAGACUCUAAAGACUCUUCCACCCACAACCACUUAAGGCCUGCUCACAGCCUCACAGAGGCCUCUGCCUCAGAGUCUCCUUCCAGAAAUUUGCCAAAGAAACAGCUUUCUGCCACCAGAGAGGAUGUGAUUUCACCACGGGUUCCUACAAUCAGGAAGUUAAAGAUGGACAAAUCCGAGUACCUGAGCAGGCUGCGGAACAGAAUCUGCAGGGGUAAUCAGCACCUUGUUUCCAUUGACCCAAUUAUCCUUUCCAGUGAUGAUGAAGAUGGACCUUCUAAACCACAAUGCACAGAGCUGAUGCAGGAUAGUAUCACCGAAAGUAAAGAAACAGACCAACAGUCUGACUUCUGUUUUUCAGAGAAGCAAUUAGAAAACAAGACGAAAAGUCACACAGAGCAGUUUUUAACAGGGUCAAUUGAAGAUAAAUGUCCUCUUAGCUUACCUUCUGGAAGCAUACCUAGAAAGCAGACAAAUCUGGCGCUGAAUGUUGAGUUUGAUAGACUACACAUUGGGAAAUUUAAGUGUUUAUCAACAGGUCCUGCUAGGUUUACAAUGAAAAAUAUUGUGAUCCCAUUUCAGGUGUUUCUGAAGAACAUUGAGCUUACAGUGGAUACACUGGAUCUGAGAAGAUUUGGCUGGUGGAAAAGUGGUGGUGGCUGUUCUUCAACAAUUAUUUUUCUUUGGUUGUCUGUGGAUUAUGUAGAAGAGAUUGAAACCCAGAUGGGAAAGUUAGUUACCAGCCAGCCAUCCAAAUCAAAUGAAUUUGUAGUUUUUGAACUGUCUCAACCACUCACAGAAUGGGAAGAAGACAGACUGACUAAACUGAUUACAGGUGUCAGCAAGAGGAACAGAGCACCAGAUCUUGCUGAGUUUUUGUCUUGUAAACAAGCAUUAUCCUUGCUUAAGGAUCUUUCUCCUGAAGAAAGCUCUUUUGUGAGUUGCAAUAAGGAUCUACUAAAGCAAUACAUGCCGAAAGAGAAUACCUCAGAUGCUCCUGAGCCUGUAAUUCAGGAAUCAAAGCUGAAAGUCGUCAGGCCCAGUUAUGCCCUUGCAAAUAAGCAGAAUAGUGGCUGCUAUUGUGUCUCUUUGUCCUCUGCACUGAGUGAUGAAUGGAAAGAAGUAAGAGAAAUUGGAGCAGUUGAGAAUUUAAUUGUUUAUCCACCCCCACCUGCAAAAGGAGGCCUGGGAGUCACAAGAGAAGACCUAGAGUGCUUAGAAUAUGGCGAGUUUCUCAAUGAUGUCAUCAUUGAUUUCUAUCUAAAGUAUCUGUUGUUGGAGAAGGCACCAAAACAUGUUGCUGACCGUACACACAUUUUUAGCAGUUUCUUCUACAAGUGCCUGACCAGGACAGAAAAAAACUCUGAGGGGGAUGUCAAAGUUUCAGCAGCACAGAGAAGACACAGAAGAGUAAGAACAUGGACUCGCCAUAUAAAUAUCUUCAAUAAAGAUUAUAUCUUUGUGCCUGUCAAUGAGGAGUCUCACUGGUACAUGGCAGUCAUCUGUUUCCCCUGGCUGGAGGAGGCCGUGUGCGAGGAGCGGCCCCAGCCAGGCAGGGAGAGCGCUGCAGCCGCUGCCCGGCGCCCCAGGGAUGGAGAGGAGCUGCACGGUGGCAAUGAAAUUGCUGCUUCUGCUUCAGUUCUAUAUUCAGCUAUUUCUAAAAUCUCCCUAAGUAAUUCCAAAAAGCAGAUUUGUAAAAGGCCUUGUAUACUCAUCUUAGAUUCCUUGAAAGCAUGUUCUGUGCAGAAAACAGUUCAGGUUUUGAGAGAGUACCUUGAAGUGGAAUGGGAAGCUAAAAGAAAAACACAUCGGGAAUUCAGUAAAUCAACAAUGAUUGACCUGUGUCCCAGAGUGCCUAAACAAGAUAACUGCAGUGAUUGUGGGGUCUAUUUGCUGCAGUAUGUGGAAAGCUUCAUCCAGAAUCCCAUAGUUAAUUUUGAACAACCACUGAAUCUGGAGAAUUGGUUCCCUCGUCAGCUGAUCAGAAACAAAAGAGAAGAAAUUCGAGACCUGAUCUUGCAACUGCACUUCCAACAGCAGAGUGGCAGCAGCAGCUAAUAAAUCCAGUCAGGCAGUCCUGGACACUGCUGUGUAAAAUAUCUGGAACUCUGCAUAGUGGUGUUCAGUCUCUCCCUGCCUUGCAAGGAAGAAAAAAACUAAGGCACAAGGAGUACUUUUUAUUCGUCAUGUAUUUAUUUAUUUUCACUGGUGUUGUGUGGUCUUAAGAUGCUGGAAUGGGGAAAGGAGAAGGUUGUAGAUAAGGAUGUAAAUAUGUAAGUUAAACUUAAUGCAUAUGGAUUGCUGGUUGAUUCUUGGAGUAUGAAAGCUGCUUACAGGUAUAUGCCUCAAGGAUGUAAAAAUACUUUUAUCUUUUGGAGCCUGUUCUUUAUAAUUCUAUAUAAACAUGAAUGACCCUGUAGGAGUCAGGCCUGAAGACAGGGUCUGGAUCUUGUGUUAUGUCUCUUGGUUUGCAGUUGAUACAGAUAGAAUGAAUACUAUGUAUUUUUUUACUUUAAGGGUUUAAUGUUGACUCUCUUUAGAGAUGUAUUUUUUGGUUUGUUUCUGGUUAUAUACAGAAGUAAUCUGCAUGUGUCAGAAAAUUCUGCCAAGAUUUGAGGCUCAUGAGUUUUGAUGAUUUUUUUUUUAAAAAUAUUUUCCCCCUUCCUGGCAUUUUCAUACAAGUGUGUUCCCUUUGUUUGAGAGUGACUGUUGAAAUGCUUCAAAGUCGGGAGUGCAUUUUCUUUUAAGUUUUUUUUUUCUUACCAGAUUUUAGAAGCAAACUUGCUCUCAAAGUACAUACCAAUACAAUAUGUGUAGGCAGUAGAUUUUUAAUUCUGUUCACCUGAUUUUGGGGAAUAAUUCCUACAAAUCUUAAAGCAUCACAUGCAUUAGCAAGGCAAACAGGCUGUGGCUUAACAACUUCAAAAGUCUGAGGUGUUUUACUGAAAAAUAAUGUCAUUAAGAUACAUGAUUUACAUAUAAGACAAACAGGAUUUGUACCUUAGGAGAACUGAGUAAAGAUGACUGAAUAUUGAGUGUUUGGACUCAGACUUGAUUUGAUAAACUAUCACAAGUUCAUUGUUUUAAUUUGUAUUUAUGUAGCUUUUUCUUGAACAGUGGUCACAUUUUGAUGUGUGCACUCCUUUCUGUGCUCACUGCACCUCAGCAGGUGACUGUUCUAAAAGGAUGCUUUCUCCUGUUCCCCGCUGUAACUUUACUGAAGUGUCAUCUUACCCUUCAGAAGGACUGUGUGUCAGAGAACCACCAAGGCCACUUGUGUCAUAAUAGUCUACAAAACCAGAGCUCUUAAAGCUGGAAAUACAACUGAGAGUUAAAAUAAAAAUUGAGGGCCACCCAAAGACGUGAGCAUUUUUGUCAUUGCUGAAUUCUCAGGGCCCCUUCCCUCAAGACAACUCUGAAACUUGGCUUCUCGAAAAUCCAGUUAUUAUUUCAGGUUCUGUACAGUCAUCCAACACCCCUCCACUCCCCCUUACUUGUUUCUCAAACCAGGAAGCAUUCUUUCAGGGGGAGAGAGAAUUUUAAAACAACAAUUUGCUGAGCACAGUCUGUAUAGCUGUGAGCAGCCUUGUGCAAUGACUGUGUAUGUUUUUUUGUCUUUGUUUCUAGUUUAAUUCUGUAGUUUGGCACUACCCCUUCUUCCCCUGCCUCCCAACAUCUUUCCUUCUCAUCCCAGAGUUGUGUCUUUCAGCACCUAAAUCACAGCACCAGCAUUACUUACAAGAAUAAUCUGUGUAUUUAUUGUAAAACAAAAGAUGAAAUGCAGGAAUACGUUCCCCUUCUCUACACCUUUCUUAAUUGAAUAAUAUUUUCAGUGUUCCCUUAUGAAAAACAAUUUGGGCUUUUUCUUAUGUUAAAGUUAGGUUUUAUCACCAACCAAUUGGUUCUUUUAGAUUGACUGGUUUUAUAGAUAUUGAAAAGCAAAAUAACAUAUGCAAUUUUCUAAACUGAUUUUAUUACACAAAAGGAUUGCCUUUUUAGAUUUCUUACAUAUGUGCUAUGAGAAUGCCACUGCAUUUGAUAUUAAAAUUAUCUCCAGAA